AUGACCACGUCGAGCUCAUCCCUUUCUGAUGUGACUGGAAUUAUUGCAGUGAUUACUGGUGGUGGCAGUGGCCUGGGACUUUUCAUGACACGGGCACUGGCAGCGAACGGCGCGAAAAGGGUCUAUAUCCUCGGAAGACGAAAGAAUGUCUUAGAGAAGGCAGUAGCAGACAUCGGAACCCAAAAUAUAACUCCCGUCCAAUGUGAUAUUACAGAUCAAGAUGCGUUGAAAUCAGCAGUUUCUUUCAUCGAAAAGGACGCUGGAUACAUCAAUCUACUUGUUUCCAACUCGGGUAUUUCUGGACCAUCUCUGAAAAUCGAAUUCACAAACACCUUUCACGUCAACUGUACUGCGGUGUUUUAUACAACCAUCGCAUUCCUCGCCCUUCUCGAUGCUGGAAACAAAGACCAGACCUAUCAGAACGGUAGAAGCCAAGUCAUUGCUACUAGCAGUAUCGGAAGCUUCAAGCGCAAGAUCACUGCCGGGUUUGCUUAUGGAGUAAGCAAGGAGGCUACAACCAUGAUGAUGAAGGUUUUAGCAACCUACCUGGUACCCUACAGAAUUAGGACAAAUGUAUUAUGCCCAGGCUUGUUUCCGACAGACCUCACCACGAAUCUUAUCCACGGCACAGAUCCUACUGUAGAGGGCUCUUUUCCACUCGAUCAAAUCCCAGCCGAGCGAGCAGGAACACCAGAAGAUAUAAGGGGACCUUUACUGUAUUUGGUAUCUCGAGCCGGAGCUUAUUGCAAUGGGAACUGUGUUCUAACAGAUGGAGGACGUUUGAGCGUGACACCGGCUACCUAUUAG